AUGCAGAUGAUUAAUGGUUCUGGUAGAGAAUGCUAUGAAACGGUACGAAUGAAUAAAGAAACUUUUAUAGAGUUAUGUGAUACUUUAAGGAACAAGUAUAACCUAGAAGAGUCACGUGAGUGCUCAUUAGAAGAGGCUGUGGCAAUGUUUUUGGAAACACUUGGACAUGAUGAAGUACAACGACAAAUUGCUAAGAACUUUCAGCGUAGUCAGGAGACGGUGAACCGAAAAUUUAUGGAGGUAUUAGAUGCUGUCCUUCUUCUCUCCAAGGAUAUAUUAAAGCCUUGUCAUGAUGAGUUUAAUCAGACAAGCAAUCGUCUAUACUCUAAUAAAAGGUACUGGCCUCAUUUUCGUGAUUGUAUUGGAGCUCUUGAUGGUACUCAUGUGUCAGUAAGGGUCAGAAGUGAUCAAAAAGAAAGAUUUUGGAAUGUGAGAAAGCAAUUUGCCUCAAUGAACGUACUUGCUAUUUGUAACUUGGAUAUGAAGUUCAUAUAUGCGUAUGUCGGGACUCCAGGCAGAGCACAUGAUACAAAAGUUCUUACUUAUUGUGCGCAGAGUGACACAUUUUUCCCGACACCUCCAGAAGGAAAAUAUUUUGUUGUUGAUUCUGGAUAUCCGAACAGAAAAGGAUAUUUAGCUCCAUACCGUAGAACAAGAUACCACCCACAUCAGUGGGGUGAUGGACCACCUAGUAGUGCAAGUGAAUGGUUUAACAAACGUCAUUCGUCUUUACGUUCAGUGAUCGAACAUUCGUUUGGGGUGUGGAAAGCUAAGUGGCGGAUUCUGAAAAAUGAGGCACGUUAUAACUUACCGAUGCAAUGCAAAAUAGUCGUUGCGACAAUGGCCCUUCAUAAUUUUAUACGUGAUUCAACCACAAAAGAUGAUGAUUUUGAUGAGUACGAAAGGAUGGAAGAACAAGAAUUGAACGGUUCGAAUAUAGAAGAUGCAGCAGAAGUUGAAGUCAUGCGUUAUGAAUCUACAGGAGAUACUUACAUGGCAGAAGUACGUAACCAUAUCGCAGAAAGUAUUUGGAUGCUCGCUAUUAGUUAA